ACAUGUGAGUAUAGAGGCGAAUUGUUAAUUUUGUGGAUGCUAGAGCUAUUAUCUUCAUUAUACUUUUACAUUGCAGAUACGAUCAUUUAGUGGCUGAGUUCAAAACCUAAGUUCUUUGAGGUAUACGUAGCUGUAUUUUUCUAUACAUUGUAGAAAGUGUUGACCACCGGCUGGUCUGACGUUGCAUGUUCUUGAGAUGUGUUUCCCGCCAUGUUGACUUUCUAUUUCUGAACAGAAGUUAAGUUUUCCUUAAAUUUGUAACAUUUUAACUCGUUUCUCUCUCACCAAACUGUGGAUACAUUAGGAAGACCUUUAUUUCAAACUACGUUCUUCCAAAAUGGCUGACAUUGAGGAUACUCACUUUGAGACCGGAGACUCUGGUGCUUCCGACACCUACCCCAUGCAAUGUUCUGCUCUUCGUAAGAACGGUUUCGUUAUGCUCAAGUCCCGCCCAUGCAAAAUUGUGGAAAUGUCUACCUCUAAGACCGGCAAGCAUGGACAUGCCAAAGUUCACCUUGUUGGAAUAGAUAUCUUCUCUGCCAAGAAGUAUGAAGAUAUUUGCCCUUCAACUCAUAAUAUGGAUGUGCCUUUUGUUAAACGUGAAGAUUAUCAGUUGACCGAUAUUUCAGACGACGGGUACUUGUGCUUGAUGGCAGACAAUGGUGAUCUCCGCGAAGAUUUAAAAAUACCAGAAGGUGAAUUGGGACAGCAAUUACGUGCAGAUUACGAUGCUGGGAAAGAAUUACUGUGUACCGUUUUGAAGUCAUGUGGUGAAGAAUGUGUGAUUGCCAUCAAAACCAAUACAGCUCUAGACAAAUAAGCCAUCCUGGUGUGAAUAUUUUCUUCCGCAAGCGUCAACCUACAGUUUCCCAAGAUAAAGAUAAAUGCAAUAUGUGUGAAGUUAUACCAUCGAGGCAUUUCUUACGUGGGAAAUGUGUGUGUUGUCUGUCUAUCACUUGCUAAAACUAAAAAUAAUUCAAAAUUUAACCCUAGAAGAUAUUGCUUUUCCAGCAUUGAGACAUUUAAAAAAAAUUAAAAAGUCUAAUUUUUUGGUCAGGGAGCUAUCUUAUGCGCAAUUUAAUAUGUAUUGGAACAUAGAAACGUUUGGGUGUUUCUUCUUUUUGCAAACUCAUGCUCAUGCUGAUCUAAUUACUCCAACCAGAACAAUAAAAAAAAAAAAUAAGUAAAGGGAAUUGAGGAAAAUUUUAGUGGGUUUCUUGCAACUAUUUUAACAUUGUGGUUAUUUACUCAAUGCCUUUAUCCUAUCUUCUGCCCAGUUGGUAGCAGUAACAUGUGUAGAUAACAUUUCAUGAUUUCAUGAAGUGUGUUCACAUUUUGGUUUGAGUAACAAAGGAGAAAGGACUCGAUCUCGCCCAAGUUCACUAAUUGUGGCAGUACAUUUGUCAUGUUGUGGGGUCUCAUUUACAGCAAGAAAGUAUCAUUUUAAAUACUGUUUGAAGUGGUGAGAAAAUAUUUUUGUUUAUUUUCAAAUUCAGAUUUAUUCCGAGGUGAUGCCAAACGUAAUCCGAUAAACAUAUAAUUGUGAAUGCUUGCCCAUGCCUAACACACUACAGAAUAGGAAAUGAUUUAUUUUGAAACUGUGAUCACAAACUUCUACUUUGUUAAAUUUCAUAUGUUAAGGGGUUUGUUUACAUUUAAUAGAAACACUUAAAAAUGUUUGCAUGUUUUGACCCUUUUUUUAAUAUAUAUAUAUAAAGAAUGUUUUCAAUGUUAAUGGCAAAAAAUGUUAGAAAUUUGAACAAAAAAUCCUUGUAAUGUUUAUUUACUGUUUGUGCCUGUGGCCACUGCGAUAGGUGACUCCAAGGACAGCCCGAACUGAUGAAGGUACAGUGUAUAGCUAUUGUAAUAAAAGUUUUGCAAACAGAGCUUCUUGGGGUUUUUGGGUUAUAUUUUAGAAUUGCAGAAUUUCUGGUCGGAAAAUUUGAAGAAGGAAAAAAUAUUGCAGGGUUGCCACUGGAGUCUGUUAACAAUCAAUAGUGUGAUUUUGUUCAUAAUUUUUGUUAGCUGUACAAAAAGCAUUUUUUUUUAUGGCAGAUGUGGUUUUUAAGGAAAUUAUGACAACCCGAAAAUGUGAUAUCCUAGCUGUGUGAAAUUUGCAAUGUGAUGUAAUGAGUGGGCUGUACUAUGUGAAACUGAGUUAUAAAUGUUGGGAGAGGUUAGUGUGUAGUUUAUACAGUGAACGAGCUUAAUUUUGAUGUUUCAAAGCUGUUUAAAACCUUCUUAUUAGACACAAAUAUUGCACAAUUUGUGCAUUUAUGCAUUUUUAUGGUCCCCAUUUUUGUAUAUAGCCUUCGGAAAAUUUUUAUGAUCCAUUUCUUUUGGUUUUCUGCCUGUCUCCCUUGCAAGACUGUAAUGAUGCCAAGUAAAAAUAAAUGCUUUGUAGGAAAAAAAUUCUGUUUUGUAUAUCCUGUAGUUAACAUUUCAGUAUGUAUUUCCUUUCCUCUGUAGGUUAUGCUUAUUUGUAUUUUGCAAUAUUUUUUUCCUGUUUGCUUCUAAAUUUUGAAUUAUUUAUUUUUGUUAUUUUGUAUGUUGUAACCAAGCAUAGAGGUGGGUUGUUACAGCAAUUUUCGGUAUCUGUUCCAACCAGUUACUGAUACAGUAAUGUACUGGUUACAAGUAGCUGAUCUGUAUCAGCUACAGCAGUAGCGGUCCCAAGAAGCUACAAGGUAUCAGCAUUCUCGUUACAGGUUACACAUCCUCCGUGCCGUCAUCACCUGCGUAAAAAGGUAUCAGUUUUCUCUUUCCACGCCUUUCGUAAUCUGCAGCGCCCCCCCCCCCCCCCCCUCCCGCCUUCCUCCCUUGUCAUACUUCAUUCCCCCCUUUCCGACGUUAGAGUAUUUCUCACUCCCAACUUCCCCUCCCUGUUCUUACUUCUCUCCAAUAGUAAAAAAAAAAAGCUCCGUGUGCGCAGACCGUACGACCGUAAGGAAAAUCUGAUACAUUAUUUAUCACGCCAGGUAAUUCUCUACCUCUGUUAUGCUCAUGCCCGCCUGAUAGUUAAAUCCAUAUUUCCUAUUAUUUCCGACACUUCUUUACAAGUCACAAAAAUAUAGACAGAAAAAAAGUGUUAUCAUAAUUUACACACUUUACUUCUCAUUUCAUUACAAAUACAGAAAAAAAUUAAAUUUGGCAUGUAAGGCCAAGCAUUAAUUUUGUUAAAUAACUAUAAAAAAUAUAUUUCAGAUACCUUCUCGAAUAUCAUGUGCGCCUGGUAAGACAGUUAUAUCAGACGGCAUGAUAACAAGGCAAUACAGCCAGUAUCAAUCAGUUUAACAUUCACUGCAGUUUGUCCUGGCCGUGUAUUACCACGUACAUUGUUGCGGGCUGUCGUGCUUUGUAGUUAGUAUCUUUAUAGUGAAAUAAGGAAUGGAUAAGUGCAGGAAAAAGACUUCAUUUGUAUGGAAUUUUUUCACGGAAAAUAAUGAGUUUGCUAAGUGUAAUUUGUGUAAACAAAAACUGAGUUAUAAAUCAUCAUCGACUAAUCUGAAGAAACAUUUGAAACGUAAACAUCCAACUGUACAGUUACCUGAUCAGAAUCAAGAUAGUUUAACAUCACUUAUCACUGUCCAGAAGUAGGAGCGAUGAUCCAGACAUCGCAAAUACGACACCGUACCUCAGCCAAAAAAAGAUUCGGCCAGAUAUAGGAAUUCCUUCUACAAGCAGUUCGUCGGUUCCCAAACAAGCUGUGUUGGAAAGAACCAAUGUGCAUGACUGUAAAGUAAGUGAUUUUGUUGUAAGAAAACUUUCUGUUUCUGUUGAGAAGAAAAUUGAUGACCAACUGUUAAAUUUAUUUACUGUAGGUUUUCAACCGUUCUCAGUUGUUGAGGACGAAGGGUUUCGAGGAUUUCUUUAUACACUAAAUUCGUCGUAUACAUUGCCAAGUAGGAAAAUUAUAACAAACACAUUGUUACCAGCUGCUUAUGAAACUGUGUACAAUAGCAUUCAAGAAAUAUUAACAACCACUGAAAUUAGUUCUGUCACACUAACAACAGAUUGUUGGACUUCUGUUAAUACUGAAAGUUUCAUGGCAGUGACAUGUCAUUUCAUAGACUGCAAUUUCAGAUUGAUUUCUUUGGUGUUAAAUUGUUGUUCAUUUUCGGAGUACCACAGCAGUGCUCACUUAGUCAAGGAACUGAGUCAUGUAGCAAAAGAAUGGGGGUUAGAAAACAAAAUUUUACUCUGUGUUUCUGACAAUGCAGCGAACAUACAGAAAGCUAUAAAAGACGAAUUGAAAUGGAGGCAUUUCGGGUGUUAUGCACACACGAUCAACUUGAUAGCUAAAGAUGGGUUGCUUAAAUUGUGAGACCUUAUUUAGAAAACUAAGGCAAUCGUCCAGCAUUUCAAACUCAGUGCAACAUCAACAAAAAAAUUAAUGGAGCUUCAAACACACAUGGGCUAUCAACCCAAGAAACUGAUCAGUGAUGUGAUGGAAUUCCACAUUUUACAUGGUGGAAAGGUUCGUAGAACUAGAGAAUCCAAUACAUUCAGCACUCGCUCUUAUAAAUAGAUAUUCCAAUGCUCAGUACUGAAGAAUGGAAUUUAGCUGCGAAACUACAAGAUUUUCUCAAGCCACUAGAAGAGGUGACUAACAUAAUGAACGGGGAAAACUACAUCUCAGCAUCUUCAGUCAUUAUCCUAACCAAAGGCCUUGAAAGUACCUAUUUAUGCAGAGAUGAUGACAACAGAACUACCAACAGAAAUUCAAAGAGUAGUAUUUGUAAUCAGCGAAGGCAUUCGUACUCGUCUAGGAGAUUUAGAGAACAGUAACACACUGUUACUUGCUACCUUUCUUGACCCUAGGUACAAAAGUGUUGGGUUUUCUAACACUAACUCAGCAGAGAAAGCAAAGAAGAUGGUUAUAAAUCUGUUGGCAAACAAAUUACAAGAAUCUGAAUCUGAAACUCAUUUAGGUCUAGGAUCAAAAGAGAAACAAAUCUCAGGAACCCCAGAGAAAAUUUUCACUUUGGACUCAGUUCGAAAACAAGCAGCUGAAUUUAAACCUGCUGGUACUUAUCAGUCUAGAGCCAUUGUUGAAGUGCAGCGAUACAUUGAAGAACCAUUGUUGGAACGUCAUGAAGAUCCGUUAAAAUGGUGGAGUCGACACUCGUACAACUACCCACAUCUCAAGAGAGUAGUCCUAGAGAGGUUUGCUACAGUUGCUACCUCUGUUCCUUGUGAACGAUUGUUCUCAAAAACUGGAAUUAUUGUGUGAUCGACGUUCCUGAACAUCAAGCAAAUAAGUCAAGAAACUUGUUUUUCUAAAUGCCAAUAAGGAAUAUUGUAAAUAGUGACUGAACUUGACUUAUUGUGCCUGGCCGAUGUUCCCGAACAUCAAACGUGUAAGUUAAGAAAAUAAUGCAAUACUUAUUUGUUAAAUAGUGACUGAACUUGCAAAGUGUUUGUUUUUUUUAUCGAUAUUGGCACUGCUAUCUGCCUGAUGUAACUCAAAUGUCUAUUGAUACAGUAAGUAUGCUCACUAAUGUACCUCUCUGUUGUUUUUUUUUUUUUUUUUUUUUUAAUUUUUGAUAAAAUCGUAAUCUUUUAAUGUAUGAAAACACUAGUUACUAAUUGUUUUCGAAAAAUGAAAGUCCGUAUGUUGAUUACAUCUGUUAUUAGGGUCAACUGAGAAUUUAUUGCAUUUUCAUAGCUGUUUGGUGCACAAAUAUAAAUGUUAUAUCUUUUAUUAAUGUACUUUAUAAUAUUAAAAUUUCAUUAGUUUUAUUAUUGAACGAGACGGUGUUUAAGCUUUGCUCCCUAGAUUGUAGAUCCACAUAUCUAUCACCUAAGGAUGAUGGAUCUAGAACCAGUGUCCUUGGUCUUGUAUCGCUAUUAGCGUACUAACUAGUCUUUAGUCUUCGGAAGAAGCACGCACUGUGCACUUUGAUGUGGGACAAUAAACAAAAGACUCGUAACAAUUUCGCUCUGCGCCUCUCCUUCAGCGCCUUCCCCUGCGCUUCCACCCCUACAUUCUUUCCCUUCUUUAUCCCUUAUUCGUCGUGCCCCUCCCUCCCCUUUCACAAGCUCCGCCCAAUUGACUGUCAUCUGCGAUAGGGUUCAGUGCACAUUGGCCAUGGUGUUGUUCCAGGCAAAUUCUAAACUGAUACUAAAGUACUUGAUAUUUGAAUAGUGUACUUGUUUGCAGUUCCAGAUACAGGCAUGUGUCAGUUACAAAGUAGCAGAUUGAUACUCUGCAACCCACCUCUAGCUUGAAUACUUGAGUUCAUGUGCAUUUUUUUUUUAAUGCAAUAGAAUUUUUCCAUCUUCGGUUAAAAUAUAUAUACGUGCUUGAAUUGUGUGUUCAUUUUGAAGUUAUACUUCUAAUGCGACUUCCACAAGGUUGCGUUAAACAUUUAACGCUACCAUGGAGAAUUAUUUGCAUGCAAUUAAAAACUAUUUUUUAAGGAUGCCAAAGAAGUAUAACUUCUCUCGUGCGUACCUAAGUACACGCACCCAUUUUUUAUUUUGUACAUAUACCUACUUAGUUACUGGUCACUUAACCACAUACUCAUUGUAAUGUAUUGAUAUGUAAAUGCAUUUGGGUCUUAAUGCUAGUUAGUCAGAGCUUCGCAGUAAUGAAAUGUUUCUGUAAAUUAGAAAAAGUAUGAUUUUGUUAGCAAGUGUAGCAAAAUGCUUGAAGUAUUCUCAUUUAUAUGUCGUCUGCAUUUUCAAUUGUAAUCCUGUUUUUUAAAAAAAACUAUUUGUGUUUGUUUUGAAUUGGAUUUGUAUCUUAUACUUUCUGUUAAGGAAUUGAGGAUAUAUAUAAUGCUUAUUGUAAAAACUGGCAGCUUAAUACCUUCAUUAAAAGCCCUGAAGUUGGAUCAUAGUACAAUAAAUGUAUAAUGUUUCAUCUUUAAUGAUAUUAUACUUCAAUGUUCUCCAUCUCUCAAGAGUAACCCAGAGGAAGUUUUUUCUCAUGCAAAGUAUUCUUGAUGUUGGGGGGGCUGCGGUUACCUCAUUUUUAACUACACGUAAAUAGAAAAACAAUAAUAGUAAUUGCAAAUUCGGAUUCUGAUGCUGGAGUCACAUUAACAGGAUGUGGUUGUAAGUAAUUUUUUGACUAAGCAUCAGUCUUGCCAAUAAGACAAAAUUUUCUAUUUCUAUUGCAUCACUCAUUUUACUGAAAUAAGUCAGUUUUGUUUUCAAAAGAUGGUUAGACUGGUGCACUGAUACUACUAUUAUUACUCUUAUAUAUUUUUUAAUGUUAUGAUGAUAAAAUUUGUUUACUAAAUAUAUCUGUGAAAUCUUUGAAGUGCAUCCAAAUCAAUGUUGAAUAUAAAUUAAACCUGUUAAUUGAAGAAAAUCCAGUAAACAUUGAUGGCUGCCAUGGGUUUGGUGUGUGUGUAAUGACAAGAAACAUUGUAUAUAUGAUUCUUUGCAUUUGUUUGUCAAGUGAGUAAAAACAAAAUGUUCACGAUAAGGCUAUAUUUUUGCUGUCGCUUCGCACCCAUCAUGCUAUUGUGGUUUCAGCAUGAACUAGUAGUGCUGCUCUUUAUCUUGGUGCUUUUUUUCUCCAGGGUACAAAAUCCAACAAUUAUUUUUAGAGUUUUGUUUAUCAGGUUUUGUAUAAAUUGCAUAAUGUUUGCAUGUGUUAUAAGUAUCUUAUUUGUAGGUUAGGCUAAGAUGAGCCUUGUCUCCACCAAAGUUAGAAUGAAAACUGCAUCAGUGUAAGAAUUUGAAAUUAAUGUGGAAUUUGUAUCAUUCUAGCACGAUCAUGACAUUUUCUAGUGUGGCUUUGCUUAAUUUAGCAACAUUUUAAAAUUUUUCUUGUAUAUAAUUGCAACCAUAGCUUUUAGAUUUUUUAAUUAUCUUCAGCGAGCAAGAAUCUUAAACCUCUCAUAAUUGACUCUAAGUAUCAGAAAGCCUGUUCUGCCAUUAAAUGUACGUCAGAAAUAUCAAAAUUUGCUGUUGCUUGUUCCCAGUCUUUGUUGUGGGCUGCAUAUUGUUUGGUUGCUAAGCCAUGUUUUUAGUAGUACACAUGUAAGGUGUUACAACAUUGCUAGGGUUAUACUACUGUACUUUUCAAACAGUAUUGUGGACUGUUUUCUGAGACUGGAGUUUAAGAUUAUUGAAUGAACAGCUUUCAUUUGUUAAAUUUACUGUACAAGCCUUUUUUUUUAUUUUCAAAUGUUCUCUUGAUAACUGUGACGUAGUUAGUGUCAUACAGUUUGUCCAGAAAAUGACUGAACUGUUCAUAUUGUUUUACGGUGGCAACCCCUGUUCAUUUUCGAGUCAUGUUUUACGUGAAUACUGUUUUUUAAAACGUUAGUAUUUAAUUGAUAUUUAUGUAAGUAAUGUUUACUGAAAGACAAAAAUUUUGUUAUGAAAAUAAAACUCUUAUAAGUUUUAAA